UGAAUGCAGGGUCUGGGGAGAGCGGAUAUAGUGAAUGCAGGGUCCGGGGAGAGCGGAUAUAGUGAAUACAGGGUUUGGGGAGAGCGGAUAUAGUGAAUGCAGGGUCCGGGGAGACUGGAUAUAGUGAAUGCAGGGUCCUGGGAGAGCGGAUAUAGUGAAUGCAGGGUCCGGGGAGACCAAAUAAAGUGAAUGCAGGGUCCAUGGAGAGCGUAUAUAGUGAAUGCAGGGCCAGGGAGACCGGAUAUAGUGAAUGCAGGGUCCGGGGAGACUGGAUAUAGUGAAUGCAGGGGUCCGGGGAGAGCGAAUAUAGUGAAUGCAGGGUCCGGGGAGAGCGGAUAUAGUGAAUGCAGGGUCCGGGGAGAGCGGAUAUAGUGAAUGCAGGGUCCGG